CAGCCGCACUUUCAGAAGGAAGAAGGUCGCACGCAGCUGUACUUGAACGUCAGAAACCAGAGAUAAUCGCAACAAUGCUGGGACAGGCUGUGCGGCGAUUUACAACGUCUGCUGUCCGUUCUGGACACUAUGCCGAGGGGCCAGGGAAUAACUUGCCAUUCUCCGUGGAAAACAAGUGGCGUCUGUUGGGGAUGAUGGUGUUGUACUUCGGCAGCGGAUUUACAUUCCCCUUCAUUGUUGUCAGACACCAGCUCCUAAAGAAGUGAAGUGGCCCUGUGUCAUGGUGCUUUCUUCAAGGUCUUCAGCUGGAACAUAUUUAUCCAUCAGAGUUCUAUCCAUGUAGAAGAAUGGGAAUUCCUUAAUUGUCUUUGUAAAUAAACUCUUAAAUUUAUGCAAAAA